AUGAGCACAUCACUGUUCGUUUCUUGCUUUAUUCUGGCGGGGUCCAUCUUCAGUUCAUAUGAAGCGAGUCCAAAACGGCCACCAUAUAAUGCAACUGAGGCAUUCCUUACGAAUGGCACAUACUGCCUGAAGUAUCGUGAUUACUCCAAUGAUAGAUUAUUUGGCAACUACUCAUGCGUGGAAAGGUGGGGAGGAGGUGACCAACGCAAAGGGGAUCCCCUCAAAGUCAAAUACAUGCUCUCAAAUUACAGCGGAGACCCAUCUACUAAGACGGGAGAAGUUAUCAUAGGGUCCUAUGCUAAAGAAACCAAUACUUUUUUUUAUUUUAAUGAAGAAUCAAGAAAACAACAAAAACGGAAACUCAUUUACAUGAACGUAUCAGAGCAGUGUCAGGUUACAAAAACCUAUAAUACAGCAAACGGACCAGGCUGUACGCUGUGGAUGGGUUACUAUACAGUACAUAAGGAUCCUCCAAGUCGCUGCAAAAAAGUCUACGAGAAGUGCGGGGGUCAAACGAAGCUUGAGUACCGCAAUGACUGCAAACGCGUUUUCAGUUGGGAACUACCCGGGUCAUCAAAAUAA